AUGAUUCCGGCCACAAUUUUUGUCAAUCCAGAUACUCCAUCUCAGCGUACUCAACAGGGGAAGGCUCAAGGGUGCAUGGUUGCGACUACGAAUGAAGUUCAAGUUGGAAAUGGAAGCAUAGCUUUUGCAUUGUGUGUUCUGAGGAGGGGGGAGGAGGCCACUCCUGCUUCUCCUCUUUUCUCCCUCUCUCUUUCCUUGCCUUCAUACUUAUUUUUCCCCUUCCCUAUCUACUGGAUUUGGGGUGGCGGGUUGCAAUCUCAGUGGUGUUCCCUGUCUCUUAUCCCAGAAAUGGGAUCCAACGUUGAGCUGGUAUGGCCAGAGUCAGAGGCAUAUUCCUCACGGGUGAACAACUGCUCACAUGCAAAUUCAUCCCUAGCUGUAAUUCGAGCGAAGUUGAGUGCCGAACAAUUAGAACAAUUCAAGACAUCAUGCUUUGGCCAUCUUCUGAAUAUAGAUAAGAUUCAGUUUAGCGGGCAGAUUGUGCAUGGGGUUGUGUUGCGUAGAGUAGCGGGGCAGGGUGUGAAAGACUUGGAUGGACUGAGUUUCUUAAUAGGGUGCGACGUUGCUCAGUUCACUCGUCAGGAUUUCUGUUUGAUCUCAGGGCUUCGUUUUGGGGAAGUGCCUGAAGUUUCCAGUGGAGAAAGUGAUGAAAUUAGACUUCAGAAAAGAUAUUUUAUAGACGAAGGAAUUACAUGUAAUGCUUUAAAAGAAGCAUUUGUGAGGUGCACAGAGGAAGAUGACGUCUACAAGCUAGCUCUUGUUUACUUUGCUGAGUUAGUGGUUUUGGGAAGGGACAAACAUUUGAACAUCAAUCUAAAUUACCUGACCCUUGUAGAGGACUUGGAUGCGUUCAACAGGUUUCCAUGGGGUUCGGUGUCGUUUGACAAAACCCAAGACAGUCUGUUUUCUGCACCAACAAAGUAUGUGAAAAGCUUUGAAAAUGAAGAGGGAAGAGGGAAGAGGGAAGGGGAAAAGUAA